AGUUAUUUUACCGGGAGUAAAAAAAGGAGAGAACAAUUGCUGACUUUCCCCUCCCUCCCAAUCGGAACUGGGAAAGGAGAUAAGCACUACAUUUCGUAGUUUAUACACAGGUCGAAACGACAGUUCUGAAACACUGAAAUAAUUCUUUGUGUUCCAAGAGUUCGUGUUUGUGAAAUAGUAAUAGAAUUGAUCUUUGACAUCGCAAUAAAUACUUCUUAAUAAUGUCAGUCGCAGAAUUCCUGAAGGGUUUGCCUUCGCACGAUGAAAACAACUUUGCUAAUUUCCACACAGACAAUGGUAACCGCACAUGUGUCAAGAGGCCUUCCGUUUACUUACCAACAAAAGAUUAUCCGUCUGAACAAAUUAUAGUCACAGAAAAGACGACGAUACUUUUGAGGUACCUACAUCAACAAUGGGAUAAAAAGAAUCCAGAAAAGAAACGUGAACUACUCACUGUUAGCGGAGAAUCACAAGAUGAGACGACGGGGACACGUAGUAAAAGGCCACGUUUGGAGUUGAACAAUGCUCUCUAAAUGGAUUUUGUCAGAAAAUAUAAAGGAAUGAGAAAGCGAGAGACAUCUGAGACAGAAAUACCUUUGAGUAACUGAUCGGACUCAUAAAUUGGCCUUGCUCGAAGUUGUUUCCUGGACAAGUGAAAUCGUUAAUGGAAGCGACAAGACAAUUGGCUUAUCAUUUGUUGUUUUUACCUCAUUUUCCUCGUGACAUCGUAUUAUAGAAUAUUUUAUUCCAUUAACGCUGGGAGUAAAGGAGAGAAAAACCCAUUUUUGGAGUACGACUGAUUCAUUAAAAAUUUCGCCACGAAAGACCAUAUUUGUCAUUUUAUUUUUUCUUUUUUUUCUCUAUAUACAUUCACGUACAUCCAGGCGCUUCUUACAUCGCUGUUGACAUAAUUUCUUUUUUUUAAUUUCUUCAAUAUUGUACAAACGAUGUAAACAGUGAACUUAAAUUUACUUCGGAAAUCAUGGUCAGGACUGGCAUUUCGUUCGAAUUAUUCUUACGAAUUCAAUGAUUUCAGAGAAAACAAAGGAAGAUAAUCUGCUACAACGGAUGCUACGAGAUGUUUAACAAUUCAAUGAAUACGUCGAUCCUGUUCGUUAUUUCGUUUAUUCCUGAUAGGAUUGUAAUUACUUAAAAUAUAUUGUACUAUUUUCCAA